AUGUCUCACAAACAACGAGGCUACAGCUUCUGCAACAACUUCACUUCAGAGGGAACAUCAUCAAAGUCCUCCGUAACUGUUGAAAAGGGUGACCUCAAAUGCAGCAAGGCCUUCAGAGUGUAUAAACUCCCAAGAGAAAAAAAGCCAUUCACUGAACUUGAAAAUGUUGUACUGCCGUGUCUUGAAGUAGCAGCUGACCUUAUACAUGGAGGGAAAGAUGCAGUGAAGAAAGUGAAGCAGAUUCCGUUGUCUGAUACAAUAAGUCGUCGGUCUGUGAUGUUAGCAGAUGACUUGAAGGAACAGCUUGUUAAAAAAUUGCGUCUAGCCGCUUCGUUUGGCAUUCAACCGGAUGAAACCACAGACAUAGGAGGAAAAGCACAGCUGAUUGUUUAUGGUCGGUUUCCAGACUUAGAAGAGAAAACCAUUGUUGAACAUUAUUUGUGCUGCCUCCAACUGGGCGUAGGAACAACAGCACACAACAUUUUUCAGAAACUUCAUGAUUUCAUUAUUGAAGAGGGCAUUGACUGGUCAGAAUGCAAGUCUUUUACUACUGAUGGUGCAAAAGCUAUGGUCGGCGCAAUCAAUGGCGUUGUAAAGAAAAUCCAAGCGGUCUCACCAAAUUGUAUCGCAAUUCACUGCGUGAUUCACAGGGAAACGUUAUUGGCAAAGCGCUGA